AUGUCUCUACCAGGUGACAAGACCGAGGACCAAUGUCUGCGCUGUCGGCGAUCCGGACGACAAUGCAUACCCGCGCCUACAAGACCAGAAGAGGUCACUUUUCGCCAUGGUCAAAACCCUUCGCUCCGACCCAGUGGUCCCCCGCGAUACGGAGAGAGCGAUCUCGUGUUUCCAACCGAUCAAGUGUGGGUGCCGUUGCCGACACAAGUUUCUUUCGAAGAUGAAACAGACCGGACAGCGGCGGAUUAUCGCGUGGUGUCUCUGGGUGGUUCGCCCUUGGAUCUGAAACAUGCGCCCGAAAACUCUCCUUCAACGCCCAACGGGGCAUUACAACCAUCAUCAGCCUCGCGUUCGCUUCAUUCUCCAAAUAUCAGGGAUCCUUCUCGAGCGCGUCCGGCGCCGCGCCUUGCUUUCCCGCACAUUCCGUUUCCGCCCACCGAUUUUGCCAGCACGCAGAAGCUGCGAAGCUUCAACGAGGCCUUCCUCCUCCGACAUUUCCGAAAGACACUCGGUCCCUGGCUAGACGUAUGCGACAACCGAAGUCACUUUUCGGCGAAUGUGGCCGAACGAGCACCGUCAUACCCUCUCUUGUUGUACGCGUGUCUUGCCAUAUCAGCCCGUCACCUCUACCACACGAAUAACGCUGUUUCUCCGGAGACGGCUGAUGAAUAUCAUGAACGAUGUAUCGAAAUCCUCAAAUCGGUCAUUGAGAAUCGAGACUUUGGUAUCGGUAUUGAUAUACUUCUGACUUCCACCGUGAUUUUACGCUUCUUCGAGCAGAUAUCGUCCCACAGUCCGUCGAACGAUCGCCAGAACCACCUUUAUGCCGGUUCCGUCUUCAUCAGCUCUCAACUAGACUGCGCUGUGUCUGGAGGACUUGCAGAAGCCUCUUUCUGGGUGUUUGUUAUGCAAGAUAUACAACUCGCUCUGAUGCGCCAGAGGCCUUUGCGAUUGACCUUGGGUCCGUUCGCAAAAAAGCUAUAUCAAGCAUGGCAGCAUAGGACAAAUCAGGAUGACCGGGACUGGACACAUAGGGCCGUUUGGCUUCUUGCUGAAACAAUCAAUUACUGCUAUGGCGCGAAAGAUUUGGCGCACGUAGAUCCCGUUGAGGGAAAUUCGUUGAGGCAGCGAGUCAGCGCCUGGGAAACCAUGAAACCUGACACGUUCAGGCCCUUGCACUAUUCAAUGCCUGAUCCAGGGUCUGGAAGACCCUUUCCGUUCAUUUGGUUUGACAAUUCCCUACAAGCUGCUGCAAUCCAACACAUCUCCAUGGCGAAGGCUUUGUUUCAACAGCAUGAACUCCAGGCUUCAAAGUCAAUGGUACAAUUCAGGGAGGCUACGCGGAUGCUUGAGGACGAGAUCAAAUACAACCUGGGACUCAUCUUUGGCAUAGCUCUGUCAGCAGACAAUGAUCCUGCUUUACGUAUAAUGGCAGGUCACACUCUCUGCGCCUGUGGUACUUGGAUCAGUGAUCCUCUUGCUCAGGCAUGCCUUCUAGAUCUUCUGCGCAGGACAGAGGCUGAGAACGGGUGGCCUUGGGCUUUCGUUGUGCAAAAGCUCAUUCAAGAUUGGCAGCAGAUUUCGAGGUGA